UUCCAUUAUCGCACACACGAGACUGCCCGUCCAUCCGUCACGUCUCACUUUACUGAGAUGCGUCAGAGUCUGUCACACACUGCCCUCUCUGCCCAGACAACCCUACACAUACACGAGUACGGCCACAGACGCUCCACCGGGAUUGUAUAUCAAGGAAUUAGCAGCGCCCCAUCUCACCGCACACCAGCAAAGCUAAGCAGCGUGGCCUUCGCCCCCGCCGACAGCUCUCAAAACAUUUAUAUCGACACAUCGUCAAGCUGUCUAUCUGUCUGUCUGUCUCUCUCUCUGUCUCAAAAAGGCCAAGGUCCUCUCUCUGUCUGUCUGACUGCCUGAUGGCUGAGUAACCGCCACGGGCGAUAGACAGCAUGAGGCGAAAGCGCGUGUGUGGACACGCUCACCACAGAAACAAAGAUAGAUAGACAGGGUGCGAUGUGCAUAUGGACACCGAGCUACUGCUGCACAGUACAGUACAUGAAGUUGCUGGCUGUGUGUCAUUCGUCCUGCCGGCUAAUGCCCGGCGGAUGAACGACUUCACCAAGGCCAUAUCAGAUAUGCCCAUGAAGAUGGCCUCCCUCGCCGCAUCGAUCAGUGCCGCCUCCAGUCUCCCCUUAUCAGACCCAUCGCUGUCUUGGGGCGGCUCCACCAGCAGUGACAUGCUCAUGCCUGAUAUCCCAUACUGCACACACACGAAUGGAAUCCAUGUGCCGCAUUCUGUGUGCUGUGUGUUGUGUGUUGACUGACCUCUUUGAUUUUGUCGAUGACGUGCUGCAGUUUGCCGCCGUGCCGCUGCCUCUUGUCCUCGGCCAUCAUGCCCAUCUCACGCUCAAUGGCCGACACCAGACGACCUGCGUCCCACGACUGGCCGGCAGCCAGGCCUUCUCCGUCCCCCCUCACACCAUCCCCAGGUGGCCACUGGACGGCCCCCCGCCGCUUGAGUGACUGCAGGAAGCGCCGCAGCUGCGCUAUGAUGACGAGUGCGAUGCCCUUGUGGAGGCCGAGGUCGCGGCCGAUGUCCUCACACGCCGCCACACUGUCGAUGUCAUCCAAGAUGUCCAACAAACUCACCGCCAAACCGAUCUCCGUCUGACCCGACAUGACAACACACCGACAUGACAACACACACAUUCAUCCCGACUUCACUCAUGUGUGUUGCUCGUUGCUGACCAUGAUUCUGUCGGCUACGCGUUGCAUGUCGGGUGACGGGUUGGCCUUGAGCAGCUCCACCAGCUGACCAUUCGUCAGCUCAUCGAACGGAAUCAUCUCGCCCUCCCUCUCGCCAUCCCCGUCGCCACGUCCACCGUCCCGCCCUUCGUGCGUCGGCCCAUCCACCAUGCGAAGGGCAGCGGCCGGAUCUCGUGUGUGCGGGCCAUUGGCUGGCGAGGGGGACUGCGUCUGCGGGACCACAUCGGCCGCGUCUCGACUCAUGGGCUGCGGACGGGGCGGUGGCCGCAUCGUCAGGGCGAUGUUGGGUGCCUCAUCGCCAGCUGGAAGCUGCUCGUCGUCCGCCGCCUUGAGCUGCUUGGGCCUGGGUGGUGUGGCGUGCGCCUGACGGGGGUGCUGGCCGAGCUGUUUGAUGAAUCGGUUGGCGGCCUCCUUGACGCCCUCGCCGUCACGCUGCCCCACCAUGGCCGGCAGCUUAUGACGCACAAACGAGUCGACGGACGCAAAGCUCAGAGCUGGGACGGCCGCCAGCAUCGCCCCAAUGUUGUGACCCACUUGGCCGUACACGCGACAGAGGACCAUCCGCUGGGCGUGUGUCAUGGGCUGCUGGUCCUCAGUGCCGUCGGUGUCCAUCUCCCGCUGGCGGCAUGCCCAAGCGGCAUCGAUGGCCGCCCCCAUGGCCUCCCUGGUGGCCGCUGAGAGGGGCACCGACUGCACUGGGGUGCCGGGCAGGACCACCUCGACGGCCAGCUGUGUCAGCGCAGACCCACUCCUGAACCGCAGACAGAGGGGCAUGUCGGGAUGGGCUCGGCCGAGUGCCUCCAGCUGCUGGUAGAAGUGACGAAUCAGGUCCCCCUGCUGGACCGGCGUCACACGAGGGCCGCAACCGGCCGUGCGAUUCGUCGGCGGUUCAGGCGGAGCGUCUUGCUGUAGCCGACUGGGAGUCUUGCUCUUGAGGAUAGGAUUGCGGUCGAGUCUUCCGUCUCUGCGGCGCCGUGGCUUGGUGUCACGGCGAGCAGUAGGGUCCAGAGGCACACCGGCUCUCACACCAGCCUGACGGAGCUGAGGCGCCUGUCGCUGUUUGCCAGGCAGAGGAUCGUCGCCAUCGUCGGCACUUCUUGCAUCAGCCGGGUCGCCAUCCAGCACCGCCGCACGCUCGGACGUGUGGGACUGCCUCUUCAAGAUGGCCCGUAGGUGGCUGAUGGCGGCGCCUUUGGCCUCUUCGUAGCCCAGCUGCUUGACGGAGAAGCUUUUGGUCUUCUCCUGACCGCUCGCCUUCCAGCGGGCUUCCCAUGUGUUGUGUGUCUUGUCGAACCUCACGCGCUUGACGCCGCUCUGGUGCUCAGAUCUCCGCUUCAUUGCCGCCCGACCGGUGCGGUCCAUCUCGAGACGAUGCUCCUCGGCCAACGCCUGACGCACACGUGAGAAGAAUAGAGGGUGAGAUGGAGGCAGGGUGCUGCGAUGCGAUGUCGGUACCUUUGCUUUGUCGAAUCCGUGGUGCUUGACAUAGAAGGUCUUGCGCUUCUCCUUGCCGCUGCUCUUCUCGUACCACUGCGCUAUCCACGCCUGGUCCCUCGCAGACCACGAGACGCCCGACACGUGCGACUGGUGUUCGGCAGCCUUUCGUGUGACGGCCUCGCCCUUAUCCCUGGCUGUCGUGUUGGUCUGUGGCCUCGGCUGCCUCUCGAUGGAUGGUUUGCUGCUGCUGGCGAGAGCCGUAUCUCUGCGGCGUUGCUUUCGAGAGGGGCUGUGGUCGGAUGACUCGUCAUGCAGCGAAGCCUCUGGCCCCACCGCACCCCCCCCCCCUGCUGCUGCCGGUCGAGCCAUGAGAGGUCGAUGACGCUCGCAUGAUCGCCGAGUUGGUCACGGUGGAUGGUGUUGCGGUACGCCACACACAGGCGAAGAGCCUCGAGGAUGCUGUCACGGGAGUUGGGGUCGUCGAUGACGAACUUGCGGAAGCCAAGGUACUUGCCCUGUUUGUAGAAGUAGGCACCGAAACGUCUCGGUGAAGCCAUACAGACGCCCACCCUGACGGGACGCCAAAGAUAGGAUGCGAAGAUAUGUCGCUCCCCCUUGUCGUGUGUGUUGCUCACCCUCCAUCGGCGGGCGGACAGGCGUCGUUGAACCGUCGUACCAGUCGGUCCACCAGGGCCGUGGCAAGGAAAGCCCCAGUCAGCCCAUCCAGGUUGGGGUCGUCGCGGACUCUCUUGCGGCCGACGGCGUUCCGCUUGCCGGCGUGACGACAUGCCGGGCCAUCCCCCUCCUGAGCUCUCCCGCGACGCAUGAGAGGGUCCGCCCUCUGUGCCCUUUUGCUGUGCCUGCAUUCCGGGCAGAACCACUGGCCCUCCGGAACAGCCGUGAGGUUGAUGCAGUAGGUGUGGUAGGCGGCAGAGCAACGCCGGUUGUCACACAGGAGGAGAAACUUCUCGUUGUCGCCCUUGCCGCACUUCCAGCACCGCACUGACUCAUCCGAGCCACUCCUCGCCUCAUCCAUCUCGCCGCUCUGCGCCUUUGCCGCCUCACCGCCGCCCACGCCACUCAGGUCAUUCCCCUCGAGCGGCUGUUUGUGGCAGUGACUGCUCCGUUUGGGGAGGGGGUGGGGCGGUGGGCGCGGGCGGCGGCUGUCAUGGGACUCGCUCUCACGUCCGUCACCACAGAACGACGAUGAAGAGCCCCGCCGCUCUGAGUCUGAGGAUGAGGCCAUGGCGGCGUCGCGGCUGGGCGGACUGGGUAGUGGCGUGCGGCUGCGAUGUCCGACGGCAGGGUGGACGUCGCCAUGAGAGGCUGCCGUUACCCCUGCAUUGGCCCGUCGGUAUGCUAUGGCCGCACUCAUCGCAUCCUCGUAGCCGAGCUGCUUGACGGAGAAGGACUUGAAGUUCUUCUUGCCGCCGGUCCGCCAGUCGUCGGUCCACGCAUUGCUUCUUUUGUGGUAGUAGACGCCCUUGACGCCGCUCUGGUGCUCAGAUCGUUUCCUGACGGUCGCUCGUCCGAUGCUCUCCAUGUGCCUCCUGUCGAUACUGGGGCUCGUGACGUCUGCCACAUCACCACUGUGGCGCUCCACCGACGGGCCGUCGGUUGCCCUAUUGCCGACGAGGCGGGUGAACAGGGGAAGGCUCUCGUCGUCGAAUGACUCAUCGCGAUGGCCGUCGUAUGGAGAAUGACCCCUGGCAACUCCCUUGCUUGGACGCUUCGAGACCGAUAUGCCGACGCUGCUGUCGCGCAUGUGGGUAUCGGAGCCCUGUGCUGUGUGGCGCGACGACUGAGGGCGACAGGCAGAGUGGACGGAGUGGACGCUUCCCUCAGAUGUGUAGUGCCGCUGCAACAUGGCACAUCUGUGGUUGAUAGCGGCAUUCUUGGCGCCCUCAUAGCCCAACUCAGCCACUGAGAAGGACUUGCGCUGCUUCCUGCCGCCCACAUGCCAACAGGCGAUCCACAGGUUGGUCGCCUUGGCGUAGUGGACGCCUCGCACGCCGCUCUGAUGCUUCGAUCUCUUUUGCAACGACGCCUGGCCGGUGCGCUCCAUCUCGAGACGAUGCCGCUCGGCCAACGCCUGAAAGAAACAAGCAGAGCAAGAGAGGUUCUGGCUUGGGUGUGCUUCCUUCUUGCUUGUUGCACCUUUGCUUUGUCGUAGCCAUGCUCCUUGACGUAGAACCGCUUGCGCUCCCUCUUGCCGCUGCUCUUCUCGGACCACUGCGCUUGCCACGCCUGAUGCUGUUCAGACCAUGAGACGCCCCUCACGGCUGACUGAUGCUCGGCAGGCUUGCGGGCGGCGGUCUUGCUCUUGCUGGCCCUUGGCCUCGAUCGGCCGUCGGGUGAGGUAACGUCGCCAUAUCCAUCCAUCUCACUAUGACUCGACUCAUCACCAUCGUCGCCACUGGCACGAGCACUCGCCCGGCUGCCGACUGCGUGGUUGUGCAGCUCCUGUGGCUGUAGGCUGACCCGCUGGACGUAGAUGGUCGCUGCAGUGUCGCCGUGGUGGGCAUGGCGGAUGAUGUUGAGGUGGUGGGCCGCUUGCGCAAACGACUGAAAGAUGCGCCGUGAAGACGUCACGUCAGACACCCGAAAGACACGCUCGUCGUGCAUGGCCUCUCCGUCUGGUCGAUAGGCCGCAAAGCUGGCCUCCUCGGCGCGCCACUCGAGACCAAAGCUGCAUGGCACACACAUCAACGAAAGGUCAAUGGGUAGCCCAUUCCACCAACCAGAGUGCAUGCCUUGCGCCCACCUGGCGGUACCUUCCUGGUUUACGUCCACGAGCUGCCGCCUUGCCUGCUCCACCAGGCUGGCCGCCAGCGCAUGGCCGCCCGCCUCACUCAGCUUCGCCGACAAACACCGCUCCUUCCCACCGCCCGACUCGUCGCGAUGGCGCUUGGCCGCUGGUCGGUCGAUGAGCAUCUCGCUCUCAGAGCACGACGAGUCGGCUACUGGCCGCUCACUGACACGAUGCGACGACCUGCCUCGGUGACGGCGCCGGGGCCGAAUGUGGGGUGGCAUGGGGACGUCGGUGCCCAGUGGACGGUCACUGGGACUCUGAGACACAGGCCGUAGCGGCAUGGGUUUGCGCCUCGCUCUCCUGCUGCGGCGCAUCUGAGGGCCAGCGGAGCCGUGGGAGCUGAUGUCAUCGAGCCAGCUGAGGUCCAGGGGGACGGCGGCCUCUCCCUCACUAGCCGUGCUCAGACGGUUGAGCUCCUCGACGGCUCGGCGAAAAGCGUCCAUGACGGCCGAACGGGAGUCGAGGUCGACCACCGGCACAUCGACAAUGCGCUCAGUCGCACCCUCCCCGACAGAGGACGGCACACGGACACGGAAGCUGCCCUUCUGCCAACACAACCCGCAUGACCUGCCCGAAAGAUCCGACCCCACACACACACCACACACGUGACAAAUCUGGCCCUUCCUGUCUUCCCUUGUCUUGUCUUACCCGUCGCUGCUGAGGACCUCAACGAGGGCAGCAGCCAGGUCGCCGCCCUCCAUCCCACUUACACCUGGCCUGCUGCUGGGGGGGCCGUGGCGGGGCGCCGAGUGAAUCGCAUCAUCAUCUUUGGGGGGACUGCGGGAAAGGCUCUCAUCUCUCGUCGCCCCUGCCUCUGAAGUAUGGCGCCGCUGCUCCAUCUCCCGUCUGUGUGCGAUGGCCGCCUGUUUGGCCUCCUCGUAGCCCAGCUGCUUGACGGAGAAGUACUUGCUCUUCUUGCUGCGGCCCUCACGCCAUUCGGCAGUCCAGUAGCCGCCGUACUUUUUGUCGUAGCUGACGCCCCGCACGCCGCUCUGGUGCUCCGACCGCUUUUUGACUACCGCCUGGCCGGUGCUCUCCAUCUCGAGACGAUGCUGCUCGGCCAACGCCUGGUGCACACGAUACACACGAGGAGAGCUUGAGGAUGGCAGUUGGCGUCCCUGUUGUCAGUCAGUACCUUUGCUCUGUGGACGCCGUGCUCUUUGGCCGAGAAGUGCUUCCACUUGCGACCGCUCUUCUCGUACCACCACACCUCCCAGACCUCAUCCUUGGGACGCCAGCGGACGCCCCGCACAUUCGACUGAUACAUGCCCUCGCUGGAGUUGGGCUGCUCAUCCGCUGAGGGGCUCCUGCCGAGUGGAUGUGUGAGGCGAUGCUCCUGGGAAGGGCUGCGAUCGACGGCCUCCUCGAUGGCGGGGCCCGCCGGCUGCGCCACUUCCCCCACCCUCGCAGUGGAUCGUGGCUUGUGACCGUCACGAGGCUUCCUGCGUGCCUCCUUCUCGGCUGACACAACUAUGAGAACAACACAGACAGCCACAGUCAGUGGAUGGGCGCCGGUCGAUUAUUCGAGUGCGGCUCUUGUCGCAUCCAACGUGCGUACUUUUGUCGUCGUGUGGUCCGUCGUGAGAUGCAUCAGCCGCCCCACCAGCGACAGGGGGCGUGUGCGAGUGGUUGGCUGCAUCGGCGGGCGGCGCUUCGUUGGCGCGGCCAGGGAAGCUGCUUUCCCCUGCACACACAACAGCACGCACACAACGAUCUGCAUCAUGCCCUCGAGUGUCUUCCUCCCUGCCCCGGUCUUACUUGCAGGUUUCCACUGUGUGACGAUCCGCUCGACGCCAUCAAUGACAUCCGACACGCUCUCGAACCGAUCGUCACUGUCUGCCGUGCCGUUGCGGACGGCCACCAGCAGGUCGCUCAGCAUGCUCGUGUCCCAGCCCCUCACCACAUCGUCACGCUUCACAACCGCUCGCACCCACACCGGCGGCCGGUCGGUCCCUCCCCCCUCUCCCCAUCAUGCCGUCACCAAAUACCGCUGGCCGUCGCCCUCGCCGGCCACACUGAAGUCCACACCUCAUACUCAGCCGAGUACUUGCGGUGGCCGGGGAUGCCCUUGUUGAGCAACACAUCCGCCAAGGGGAUCGGCCGGCGGCUUGACGUCCGCUCCCUGCUGUGGGAGGGCGCCGGAGGCCCCUCGCGCUCACGUGACCCGCCGACUGCUUUGCUCUUCGGAUCGCGUGGCUCGUGAUGGUGAUCGGCCGACGACAUGUGCUGUUCUGCUGUGCUGGUGUUGCCAUGCGGUGCCCCUGUGGGUGGGCCUGCGUGUGCUGGU